AUGCUCUUGCUCUUAGGCCGUCUAAAUUCUCUUUCAGUCUUUUAUAAUUUGGAACAAAACGAAUCUUUUGUAAUAUAGAAUUUAAUCUUUUUAGGUUUUCCUCUUAAAAUAUUUGGGACUAACGGCAAUAUGUGAUAAGGACUAAGGAGAAAGAAAGCAAAAAUGUGGUCGUCGUCAAGCUUCUUAGCUUUCUCUCCUCCUCCCAAGCUUUCUCUAUUGUCAUCAUCUUCUUAUCAUCAAAAAGUCCAAACCUUCCUCUGUUUUACUCAAAAUCAUUCGUCCACUGUUGGCAUCAGUUUCAGCAAGAGACACUUGAAUCUCUCGAUUAUCACCCUCUUGUUCAAUGGUGGGUUCUUGUUAGAUAAGGCUAAAUCCAUGGCAGAAUCGGGAGAUCUUCAAAGAUACACCGAUUCCAAAGAUGGCUUCACUCUUCUCGUACCCUCUUCUUGGACUAAGGUGGAGAAAGCAGGGGCCAAUGUUCUCUUUGAAGAACCAGAGAAACGAAGCAACAAUAUAGGAGUUGUGGUUAGUCCUGUCCGAAUAAAGAGUCUUGAAGACUUUGGUACUCCUCAAUUUGUAGCUGAUAAGCUCAUCAACGCAGAGAAGCGAAAGGAAAGCACAAAGGAAGCAGAAGUUGUAUCAGUAGGAGAGAGAUUAGGACAAGGACAAGGACAAGGACAAGGACAAGUGUACGAAUUUGAAUACAAAAUUGAUAGCACGAGAGGAGGAAUCAAAAGGGUUUUCUCGGCUGCGUUUGUGAGCUCUAAGAAGCUUUAUAUACUGAACGUUGUUCAUUCAGACAGUCCAGAGAAUCCAUUGGCUUCAAGUACGAGAGUGUUGUUGGAACAAGUUCUUCACUCCUUUGAUGCUCUGCCUCUCACAUAAACCCACCAUCCAAAUAAUAAAUCUUUCUUGUAGAGCCCAUUUGGUAUUUCUGGGCUUAUUCUUGAGUUUUAAGGCUUCUAGCAAUCUAUUAACCCCAAUAAUUUUGAGGUUUCUUUUUUUUUCUUUUUUUUGGUCAAUUUUUUUUGAGGUUUCUUUUAUUACGAAUAAUGUGGUGGGACUAGUUGAACACUUCUUUCUUUCUCAUGUAUAUGUCAUGUAUUUGAUUAAGAGCAACAAUUAAAAUGUGAGCUCCAUACAACUAUAUGAAUGGAACUUGAAAAAAAGGAUUAGUUUUCCGAGUCAAUGAUGAUUUUGUAAAAAUAAUGAAUAUAAAGGAUUUUGUUUUCGAGUCA